ACUUCCAAAACCUCUCGUGAAAGUUUUCAAAAACAAACAAUCCAACUUUUCAACCGUUGAACGCCAUCAACCAAUCAAUUUCUCGACGUAGCGUGAAUCCAAAGCGUUCCUCAUCGUCGGAGUGGAGGAACAGAGAUGGCCGACGAGAGCGUCAAGACGGAGGCUCUGCAGAUUAUUGGAAUGUUUCAAGUUCUUCCCAAAUUGGUAGUCUUCGACCUCGAUUACACUCUCUGGCCAUUCUAUUGUGAAUGUCGCUCCAAACGUGAAAUGCCAUCUCUGUAUCCUCAUGCCAAAGGCAUAUUAUAUGCACUUAAAGACAAGGGAAUUGACCUUGCCAUUGCUUCUAGAUCACCCACACCUGAUAUUGCCAAGACGUUUAUUGAUAAAUUGGGAAUUGGGUCAAUGUUCGUAGCUCAGGAGAUAUUUUCCAGUUGGACACACAAAACAGAACAUUUUCAGAGAAUUCAUUCAAGGACUGGUGUACCAUUCAAGUCUAUGUUAUUCUUUGAUGACGAGGAUCGGAACAUUGAAACUGUUUCCAAAAUGGGAGUAACUAGUAUUCUGGUUGGCAAUGGAGUUAAUCUUGGGGCACUGAGGCAGGGACUCUCAAAUUACUCCCAGAAUGUGAAUAAAAUCGAGAAGAACAAGAAAAGAUGGACAAAGUACACUCAGAACUCAACUUCAUCAGAGAAAAGUGAGUAAAAAAACAGGAAAGUGAUUAUAAACUGCGAGAGGGAAUAUUAUAUACUUUCAGAUGCACUUUGUCAACUGCCUUAAGAACGUUUACCCUAUAUUUAUGAGUUUGAUGCUCAAAAGAACAUAGUUGAGGGAAUAUUAUAUACUUUCAGAUGCACUUUGUCAACUGCCUUAAGAACGUUUACCCUAUAUUUAUGAGUUUGAUGCUCAAAAGAACAUAGUUGAAGUAGCAUUUUGGUUGUUCAACUCA